AUGUCUGCUAAAAAGAGAAAGGUAGAUGCUGAAUGCAGAGUCUUCCAAAAGAAUUGGACUGCUAAGUAUUUAUUUACCGAAAUCAGAGGUAAAGCCGCGUGUUUAGUUUGCGGGGAGCAGAUCGCCGUUUUUAAGGACUACAAUUUGAGUCGGCAUUACGAGACAAAACAUGCUGCAAAAUAUAAAAACUUGACUGACGCAGAAAGGGUGCAGACUUCGGAAGCUUUGCUAGCUAAGUUGCAAAAGCAGCAAGGCUGUUUUACAAAACUUCACGCAGCCAGGGAUGCUGCAACCCAGAGCAGCUUUGUGAUAUCCCACAAAAUCGCGAAAUACAGUAAGCCGUUCUCAGAGGGGGAGUUUAUCAAAGAGUGCUUGGUGGACUCUGCAGCACUAAUAUGCCCUGAAAAAAAAGCGGCAUUUGAGCAAGUCCCGCUGUCCAGGCGAACCGUGACUAGAAGGAUCGAGGACAUUGCAGGGAAUUUGGAGCUUCAGCUGCAACGUGAAGUGACACGUUUCGACUUUUACUCCUUGGCUUUGGAUGAAAGCUGUGAUGUCCGCGACACAGCCCAGUUACUUGUAUUCGUCCGCAGGAUAACCCCCGAGUUCAAGAUUACGGAGGAGCUGGCAGCAAUGCGGUCGAUGAAAGGAACGACGACAGGGAGUGAUCUGUUCACGGAGGUAAAUGAGUGCAUGGACAGGCUGGGACUGAAAUGGGACAGACUGACAGGCGUCACAACGGACGGAUGUCCAAAUCUCACCGGAAAAAAUUUCGGACUUUUGAAACGUAUGCAAGAUAAAGUGACUGAAAUCGACAUGGAUCAGAAACUGGUAUUUUUGCAUUGUAUUCUACACCAACAUGUGUUAUGCAAAUCAGUGCUAAAAAUUGACCAUGUCAUUGAUGUUGUUACUAAAAUAGUAAACUUCAUCAGGGCAAGAGCAUUGAACCACAGACAGUUUGUCGCACUAUUGGAGGAGCAUGAGACCGAGCAUCGUGACAUCGGCUACCACACAGCUGUCAGAUGGCUCAGUCUGGGAAAAGUGCUAAAAAGAGUCUGGGACCUGAAAGCAGAGAUUCGGGAGUAUUGUGAGAAGAAAGGCAAAGACUUCCCUGAGCUCUCAGAUGAGGACUGGAUGGCAGAUUUUGAAUUUUCUGUUGAUGUGACUGCACAGAUGAAUGAACUGAACACCAAACUGCAAGGCAAGGGCCUUUUUGUUCAUGAAAUGCACAGCCUGGUGAAGGCUUUCAUGACAAAGUUACACUUUCUUUCAAGACAACUGGAGAGCAACAAUAUAACUCACAUGCAAACCCUGAAAGAAGUCACACCACCAGCUGAUCACCUCCGCAGGUACUCAUCCAUGUUGGGAGCAUUGCAUGGUGAGUUUUCAAGGUGAUUUGAAGAU